AUGGCGAGGCCGGAGCAACUCAGUGAGGAAUUCGUGCGCGAAUCUGAUGAAAGCGAAGCGGCGGAGUCAAGCGAGGACGAAAGCGAUGAUACUGGCGAUGAUACAGCUAAACCCCAGAACACAAGCAAGAAAGCUACCGUGAGCGCUGUCAGUGGCAAGAGCGAUUCGGACGGCAUCAGUAGUGAGUCGACAUCACGCGAAAAUUCGACGGAGGCAAGUGCUGCUGAGCAGUCGGACUCUGCAUCAAGGAAGCGUCAACGAGAGGAACUAGCAACUCCAGCCCGAAAAUCAUCUCCAAAGAGGCAGAAGCGAAGCACCCGCAAGAUUCCAGCACAGCCUUUCAUAGCUCCCAUAGGAUUCCAGUCACUUGACUCGGCUUCUACACCUGCUGACGCGAGGAUCCUGGAUGAAUUGAACGACACGGACGGCAAGCAAGUAUGGCAUAUAGCAGCUCCGGCAUCACUCGACCUGUCGACGAUUAAGCAGAUCGACAUCUCGGCCGUGCUUGCUGGUGGUCCAGUCUUGACCAGUCACGGCAUCAGCUACGGCAUGCAGCCGGUGACGGAGCGCUCCGAACUCUUCCUGCCUCAAUCCGAUCCAGCCGUCUACAAAGCACCUAAAGCCAAGGUGUCCAAAUCCUUUCAACUUCGCCAGAUAGCGAGCAAACCAGAAGUCCUGGUGGCUGACUCGCAGCCUGAGACCGAUAGGCCGCCACAGACAAGUCGGACUGUGCGUGAGCAACCAGUUGGGAAGCUGAACUACCAAUUUCUGCCAUUCGGUGUCAAGACGAAAGUCGCAUCGGCGUCGAAGGAUAGUGCUGGAGCUGCAGAACCAGUCCAGUUGAAGACAGGAGCUUCGCCAUCAACGCCGGGGCGGAGGGAGAAGAAGAGCAAGAGACCAAAGCUCGUUGACACGGUAUAG